AUGAACACAGAUUCACUCCAGAGUAUUUGGACUGAUGUCCAGUCGUCGCUGGAAGCUUUUCAGGCUGAUGGAACUGAAUAUAACCGGAUCGAUGCUCUCGAGAAGGCAACCCAGCUGGCGAGAGCACUGGAGAAACCUCGCGAUGCAAUUCUGAAACUAGCAUAUACGCCGACAGCCCUGAUGGCUGUGAAGGUAGCUCACGACAUGAAGGUGUUCCCUGUUUUGGCCAACGCGACGAGCCCAGUCCCCGUGAGCGAGCUUGCAGCGUUGAAGCCUGCGGAUCCUCUCCUAGUCGAGCGAAUGAUGCGUCUCUGCGUGGCAUUCGGCUUUGCGGCCGAGCCAGUCCCCGGUAAGUAUUUGCCGACUGCAGUAACCAAGGAGAUGGUCAACCGAACGUCUGUUGGAGUGGUGGAGUCCCUGUUCUGCGAAUUCCUUCCCACCAUCCAGAAGACACCGGAAUACCUUCAAGUCACCAACUACCGUAACCCCGAAGAUCCUCUGUUUGCGCCCCUACAGUACACCAACAACAUGAAAGAAGACGGAUUCAUUUGGCUCUGCCAGAACCCUGAAGCCCUAGCUCGGUUCAACAAUUUUAUGGAAGGCCAGCGUGCGGAUCGCCCGCACUGGGCGGACUGGUUCCCUGUGCAAGAUCGGGUAUUGGCAGAUGCUGACAGCAACCCCGAUCGGGCUUUGAUUGUGGACAUCGGUGGUGGCCGAGGCCAUGACCUUCUGGGAUUUAAGAAACGGUUCCCCGAUGCACCAGGGAAGUUGGUGUUGGAGGAUCUGCCGGUGGUGAUCGACGAGGUGCGAGGGGCGCAGGACUUGGAAGGGGCCAACAUUGUCCCCGUCAAGUACAACUUCUUCACGGAGCAACAGCCCGUCAAAGGUGCUCGUGUCUACUACUUCAAGAAUGUCAUGCACGAUUGGUCCGAUGAGAAAGCCCGGAUCAUCCUCAACUAUGUCGUGGAAGCGAUGGAGCCGGGCUACUCCAAGCUAAUCAUGGAAGAAUAUAUUGUACCCGACCGGAAUGCUUCGGCGAUUCACGGCAUGACAGACGUGGCGGUGAUGGUGUUUUGCUCGGGACUGGAACGGACGACGCAGCAGUGGACUCAGUUGCUGGACUCGGUGGGAUUGCGAGUGAAUAGAUUCUGGACGCGCGCCGGCGAUGGACUGGGAGUGGUCGAGGCUGAGCGGAUCUGA